CUCAAGUACGAAAGCGAAAGUACAAAAUCCCAUGUUGCAAUAAAUUGGUGGUUUCUGAGGUCAAGACGAUUAUAAUGUAACAACAUGACAGAGAUCUUGAACUUGGGUCUAUUCUACCUUGAUAAAGCCGUAACACAGCUAGGUUAUCCCAGGAAAGAGGUGGAGAAGGCUGCAGGUGAGGUGAGACAGGAAGUCACAUCAAAAGCUAAGGAAGUAAUGGCCCUGCACGGAUCAAGGUUUUUCCUAAGAAUCGGCGGCCUGUCCGGUGCAGUCGCAGUAUCAAUGGCUGCGUAUGGAGCUCAUGCUUUCAAAGUUGAAGAUGAAAAAGGAGAGCAGUUGAAAAAGAUUUUUGAUACCGGGAGCAAGAUGCAUUUGGUGCAUUCUGCAGCACUAGUGUGCUCUCCUCUGUGCAACAGACCAUACCUGACUGGCAGUUUGUUGACCCUGGGAAUCGUCCUGUUUUCUGGCAGUUGUUACGUUCAUGCUUUAACGGGAAACACAAAAAUCCGAUACAUCACCCCCUAUGGAGGAUUUGCCCUCAUCUUUGCUUGGUUAAGCAUGCUGUUAUAAUGAGUAACAUCAAACAGACAGACUGGUGUGAUGUGAAGAAAAGUUGUGAUAAAUUGUAAAUGUAUAUUUCAUAUUCUAUACUUUUAAAAUCAUGUGUAAGAAACUUUUUUAUAUUGAUUUUGAGUUCUUUGUAAUACAAUGGAGACCAAAAUUUGUCUUAUGACACACAAUAAAGUACUGA